AUGGAUGAUAACAAAAGUGAGAACGUUUUAAACGGAAGCAGGAGAGGGUCGAUAUCUUUUACCACAAAUCAAGACAUCGCUUCAAAACCCCAUGUAGAUGUCCAUUCGCCUCACCACCAUCCAGAAGGACCCCUUGGCAAGUACCUCUCCUGCCGGUGGGUCGUGACAUACAUGUGUACCCUGGUGUUUGUGGUCGUGCCAAUGCUACAGAACUGCUUAUCGAUGGUUCUUGUCUGUAUGGAGUCAAACUACAAAGACACAACAAAUAUCUUAAAGCACAACCAAUCGAACACCACCAAUAAUAUGACAGCGCCCGAAGAAAAGAGUGUAUGGAACAUUCGACUAGAGGGUGACGUCAGAAGACAGGUUUUAUCGGCGGAGUUUUACGCCUUACCGUUUACACCUCUGAUUGGUGGAUAUUUAUCUGGAAGAUUUAGCGCCAAAAACAUGGUUCUUUUCAUACUCGUCCUAACGGCCGCCUUUUCAUCUGCCACGCCCAUAGUAUUAACCGUUAAUCCCUACGCUGCAAUCGUGCUUAGAUGUGUGGUUGGCCUCUCUGUUGGUGGUUUACAGGCCAGCAUCACUGAAUUGUUGGCGAAGUGGGCACCACUCAAUGAACGGGCGCAACUUGUCUCUAUGGUAAUGGCAGGUUUAUUUAUAAGCUACGUUGUGAAUUAUUCUGCCUCUGGUUUUCUCUGUACGAUCCCAGUUCAAAAUGGCUGGCCACUCAUUAUGUACAUCUUUAGUGGUUUCAACCUCCUGAUGAUAUUACCAUGGGUUCUGUUGGUGUAUGAUAGUCCAUACGAACACCCUCGAAUCACUCUGCCGGAAAUAGAAAUAAUCCGACAUCGAAGACGAGACAGCACUGUUGCCAAGAUGCCACGCCCACCAUGGCUCGGCAUUCUCAGAUCGGGACCUUUCUGGGGAAUACUUGUCUGUCAACUCGGCUACGGAUUUAUUGCUACAACAACUGGGACCUUUGUUCCUCUCUAUCUGAAUGAUGUUCUAAAAUUUGACGUAACUUCGAACGGUCUGUUGUCCUCCCUUCCCCCUAUUGCCCGCCUCUUUUCAUGUCUUGGGGGAGGCCAUGUCGCUGAUCUGCUCAUCACUCGAGGAAUUCUCUCAACCACUGCUGUCAGAAAACUCUUCCUAACAACAGGUAACGUGUUGUCUGUUCCAUUUUUAAUUGGUCUAAGUUACAUGGACAGCUCCCAGGCGAGCUAUGCUGUCCUCCUACUUGUCAUCUUCUGGUUUAUUCAGGCUCUUAAUACCAGCAGCCUCCGUGUCAAUGUGAUCGACAUAGCACCAAGGUUUGCUGGCGUGUUAACGGGCAUGACGGGCACUGUGUCAUACAUAGCAGCUAUGCUGUCUCCCAUCGUUACCUUUGAGCUGACCAAAAACAGAACACAGGGAGAAUGGCAAAUCGUGUUCUUCAUUUGCGCCAGUUUGUCUGUAUUCAGUGCUUUGAUGUUCCUCUUUCUCGGUAGUGGGGUUGAACAGUCUUGGGCAAAAGAUCCUUCGUUCGAGGGGGAGAUUUCUGUUGGUGACCCAGUCAAACAGUCUCCAGGGUCAGAUAUGGAAUCUGAAAUUCAGAUAAAGACAAAUGGUCACGUGAAUGAAACCCGUGAUAAUGAACAACCGACCAUUGAAACAGGCAUAAAUACAGAUCUGAAUAUGAUUCAUUUGAAUAGUAAUGUAACAUCGAAAUUUAUUUCUCAAGGUUUGCAGGUAAAUAUAGCUAACAAAGGCAUAAAUAAACUAAAUACGAAUGAAUCUUCUGAAGCUUCCAUCAAUAGCGAGUUACGUCCUACUGGAGAAAUCAACAGUGCCUUUAUUGAUGAUUGUGGUGAUGAUGAUGAUCAGAUAAAUAUUGAAAUUAAUUCGUCAGGAAUUAGCUCGACGGAAAUAGUUGGAUUGAAAAAGAGAAUUCGAGAUCCAGUUAAACAUUAUGAACAUGAAAUGAAAAUUUUUAAUGAAAGCGACGUCACCAUGUUGUAAGACAUUGUGGAAAAUCACAACAGAUUACCACCACAUGUAUUUGUAAAACUUAUUGUUAUGCAUGGACAAUUUAGCCAAAUUUUCAAUAGUUUGAGUCUGUGAUAAUACAUAAAACAUGCUGUAAUGAUUGGACAAACAGUGCUUUUGCAAUAACCAAAAUAACUUAAGGAUAU